UGGAAGCUGCUGGCAAUGGACUGGUGCCCGGAGUGCUCGAAGUAUGUAUGAUGUGUUGGCGCAGGAUGAGCCGGAUCCGGAUGAGCCUCGAAGUCCUCAGGCCGCGUGCGGCACUGGGGUGUGCCCACUUCGGCCCAAGCGGCAGGCCUCGUGCGGCACUGGGGUGUGCCCGCUUCGGCCCAAGCGGCAGGAAAUCGUGGGCGACGAGCUUGAAACUCCGCUCCGAGGUCAACCGCACGAGGCUUCGCGAUCGGUCAGAGAGGCACAAGUGCGCCGGAACGUUUUUUGCAGACCACGGGCCCUGCUCUGCUUGCUGCUGUUUUCGGCAGUGCUUAGCAGCUCAUCCCAAAUUGACGAUUUUGGCGCGUGUUUUGCUCUUCCAACGAAUCGUAGAAGAGGUGCCAGCACCUUAUCCCCGGCAUCGCUCGCUCGAUGACGGGAAGCUUGAAUCCUUGGAGGCGACAGUUCCGGAUGAUUCGGAAGGAUGUCCUGAAACAUGUGCGGACUCAAAGCCAUGUAUCUAUGAAGAUGACACCGUUCGGGACAGUCCGGGCUUCAAGUUCAACGUCGUGGAUAAAGAUCGCGGCGAAGUUGAAGUGGACUUGCGCCGGCAAGAUGGGAUCCACUUCGAAGUACGUUUCCUUGUCGAGGUGGAAGCGCUAGAUCAAUCGGCUCAUCUGAUCUUCUCGACACGUCUUGGGCAUAUUCGAAAAAACUUCGACCCACGGGACAGGCCAUACACGGCGGAAGUGGUUCUGCCCGGGGACAAGGUAACGGAUCUGCACGUGUCAAGCAGUCCCUUCUACAAGAGCGGUAGCACCUUUGAGGUGAAGCUAAGGAGCAUAAAUUUCAAGAAGGAUACCAUCAUUUUCAGGAAGAAGACCAGACCCAAGGACGUGAUCUUUCGUGUCACUUUGUUGACGAUUAAACCCGAGACACCCACCCCCGGGGAGGACUUUGUCUUCACGUGCGAUGCUACAUGCCAAAUCCCGAUCCACUUUAAGAAUGACGACUUCUGUGACUGUCCUGGUUGCGAGGACGAGCCCGAUACCGGAUGGACCUGUGACACAUGUGGCACCUCCAGCACCUCAACAAGCCGUACUACAACGACUACUACAUCGAGUAGCACAUCAUCAUCCACAUCCUCGACAACCAGCAGCUCCACCACCAGCUCCAGCAGCUCCACAACGAGUUCAUCUUCAAGCACUACAUCUUCAAGCACAACAUCUUCAAGCACAACAUCUUCAAGCACAACAUCUUCCACAACUUCCAGUACCACCUCAACCACACGCGUGAGACGGCCCAGACCAAAACUGCCUCCCAAACCAACGCCGGAUGCAGUCGUCGCUAGCGCUGUGGGGACCAGCCUUGCAGGCGCGCUUGGCAUCGCGUUGGGAGUGGGUUUGGGCCUGGCUCCAGCAUUGGCCGCCAUCUUUGUGGCCAACGGCCAAGUCACCAUAUCGGUGCCGGAUCCAGGUAAGUUCAAGAGCGAUUCGCGGGCCUCGCGCGCCCUGAAAAAGGCCAUUGCGGAGCUGGCCGGGCCUGAGGUCACCGAGGCAGCCGUGACGCUGGCCUUCGGCUGCAUCGCUACGGCGCGCGGCGUGGUGCGCUCAGUGCGCAUUGCAGGCCGCCUGCUGCAACAGAUGCUCGACAUUUGCUUCCAGGUGGAGUUGCAAGGUCAAGAGACCAGCGCAACGCUACUGCUUUUGCUGUUGGCGAAACGGGUGAAGAAGUCUGCCAACGGCUCUCCUCGUUCGAUUCCUCGGUGGCCGCCCGCAUCAUCAACCGCUAUUUAGCCGAAGAAGGCCUAGAUCCAAGCGCUGUAGAAGUGGUGCGGUGGAAUGCGGAUCCCAACCCCACGGCGGGCAAUCCGAGCGACCGUCCCUCCGUAACCCCGGGGGAUCAGGACUUCACACCUCCCAGUGGUGUGAACUUUGGAAGAUUGCUCAGGCAGCGUUAAAAAAACGCCACGUGCUUCGUUCUUAUUUGCAAUGAUUACCCGC